CUCUCUCUCUCUCUCUCUCAACAAAAUCAAAACAAUAUCUCUCUCUCUCUCUCUCUCCCUCUCAACAAAAAAAAAAUCUCUCUCUCUCUCUCUCUUUCUCACUCUCACUCCUUAAAAGAAAAGCAAAAGAGUAAAAAAUGGAACAAAACGCACCAGUAGUAGCGAAGAAAAUAUGGGACGGGGUACGUGUAGUUUUCUUCAUGCUUAGAAAAGGUAUAUCAAAGAAAAAGCUUCUCCUUGACCUCAACAUGAUGAUGAAGCGAGGCAAGAUCGCCAGCAAGGCUGCCAUAACCAAUCUCAUGGCUUUCCACGCCGCCGGUUCCACCUCCUCUCGCCGCUCCAACGUCGGCGAAUCCGGUCCUCGUCUCUCCUCUGGAGAGUACGAGUUCAGCUGCAGCAACACUCCCAACUACGGCCCAUUCAACCUCGGCAAGCCCCGCCGCAACCACUCGCACAAUUUCUUCGGGUGCGCUCACGCGCCACCUACCCUCGACGACGACGUCGUCACCGCCAAUGCCCUCAAGGCGGUUCUGGAGAUUUUGAACAAUGACCAAGCGGUGAUGAAUGCGGCCGCUGGGGUGGAGGCCUCGCCGGCUCUACCCGGGUUCGGUCGGAGCCCCAUGGUCCGGCAGUUGAGGAUAACUGACUCACCGUUUCCGUUGAGGGAAGCCGACGAGGACAGCCGCCAAGUGGACGAGGCAGCCGAGGAGUUCAUCAAGAGGUUUUACAAGGACUUGCGGCUUCAGCAGUGAAUGGCGGUGACUAGGGUUUAUAUAUGCAGUGAUUAACUGGAUCGGCAAGUCAAGCUCAUGGCCAUAAUUAUAUAUAUAUAUUAUUGAUUUUAUAUAUAAGCUAGCUAGCUAGAUAUGACUUUGUUAAUGCGUUGUUGAUAAACAAUAAGCUCAUGCAUGUGAAUUUUCUUUUGAUUUUUCAUUUUGCUUUAAGACAUGAUUUGUAUCUUGAUGAAGAUCAAAUUUCAUGUAAUGUCCAAUAAAAAAAAAAGAAGAAAAAAAAAAGAAAAAAGAAGUAGAUCAAGCCUGUCAUGAUGAUCUAAUGAGAGAGUUUUGUAUACAGCGAUUCCAAAAUUUUUGCCUAUAAUGGAUAUUUAGUCAUAUAUAAAAUUUUGUUCUAAUUAA